CUGUUGGAAUGUCUGGGUUAGGCUUUCCUAAAGUGUUGGGAUGUCAUUUGGUUUCUCUUGGGUAGAAAGCACACUGUCUCUAAAUCUCUGUUUUUGUCAUUGGCAGCUGUCCUACUGGGUCUUCUAUCUGUGUGUCACCACCUCAGAGAACCAGCAGAAUGGCUGCAAACAAGACGAAGGGCCAGAGCUCCUUGGCUCUUCACAAGGUCAUCAUGGUUGGCAGUGGGGGGGUUGGCAAGUCGGCCCUGACGCUUCAGUUCAUGUAUGAUGAGUUUGUAGAAGACUAUGAACCCACGAAAGCUGACAGUUACAGAAAGAAAGUGGUUCUCGACGGAGAAGAAGUGCAGAUAGAUAUUCUGGACACUGCUGGCCAGGAGGACUAUGCGGCCAUUCGUGACAACUACUUCCGGAGUGGGGAGGGCUUUCUGCUCGUGUUCUCAAUCACGGAGCAUGAGUCCUUUACGGCCACUGCUGAGUUCAGGGAACAGAUCCUCCGUGUCAAGGCCGAAGAAGACAGAAUUCCAUUGCUCGUGGUUGGGAACAAGUCCGACUUGGAGGAGAGGAGGCAGGUGCCCAUCGAGGAGGCCAGGGGCAAAGCCGAAGAGUGGGGUGUGCAGUAUGUGGAGACAUCAGCUAAAACACGAGCCAACGUGGAUAAGGUGUUCUUUGACCUAAUGAGAGAAAUCAGAGCAAAGAAGAUGUCAGAAAACAAAGACAAGAAUGGCAAGAAAAGCAGCAAGAGCAAGAAAAGUUUUAAAGAAAGGUGUUGCUUGCUGUGAAGGCCAGGGCAGCAGAUGAAGGCCAUUGCCGCUAAAGACAUAGGACUGGGCUGGUGACAGACUGGAGUUGACUUCUGGUUUUGUGUCCUGCUCUCCCUAAUCUUAUUCACUGUGCUUCUUUAAAUGGGGACAAAUAUUUGUGAAUUGGUGGCUGGCAGAAGAAAUCAGCCCUUGUCCAUGCAAUGGAAUGGCCACCUUGUCAGAAGCUUUGGCGUUUCUGCCUCCCCCACCCUGCUUCCUCUUCCCCCUUAACUGGGCAUGAAGGGCCAGAGGAGGGAACAGUCGAGUGGUGAUUCAAAAGAAGUAUUUUUGUGCAUCUUAUUUUGUCCCUAGUUGUGUACCUUACCUACUAUCUUUGCUUUGAAAUAAAAGUGUCUUACCAGGUUUUGGAAGAGGGUCUGGGGUAAGAACCCCUUCCCGCAACCCUGUCAGUUUAGCAGUAGGUCUGGAGGCUUGGCUCAAGCAGUAGAGUGCCUGCCUAGCAAGCCCGAGACCAAACUCCAGUACCGAAGGAAAAAAGAAAACCACGAAAAACCUCUAAUAACACUGACGAAUUCCAGGAUUUUUUAAAGAUGAGUUUCUUGGCAAUAUUCUGGAUCAGAAGGAUAGCUAGAAAGAUAACCUUGAAUUGGGCCAAAUAGGUCAUUCCCAAGGUCGUAAGUUGUUUUCUUCAGAUUUAAAUAUUGGCUGACUCUGGCUAUUUUUCUCUGCCAUAUCCUGAUUGUUGUGUAGGAACUCUUUCUGGCAAGAUGCAAGAGGAGUGUACUUCCCAGAUGACAUGUUUUUCUAAUCAGAUUUUUGUCAAGUCCUUGAGUGAAGUAUCUCUUAGUUGCCAGCCCCUUUGCACCAGUGAAUCACACCCUGUCUUCCUGAGCAGGUCACUCUGCCUGCAGAGGUGGAGCAAACCUCCUCUUUUUCUUUCUUUCAUUGUCCCACACAUUCUUCUGAAAAGUAUGAUGAGUUCAUUUGUAUCCUAAAAUAAUGAAGCCAGAGCCUGUGCCAGACCUUCUUCUACCUCUUACAGGUUUGCUAGGUAAUUCUAAUUUCACAUGAGAUGUGGGAACAGAUAAGCCAUUGUCCCCUUCCCUCUGAGAAUUGCUGCUGUUCCUAAUGCAUUCUUGUCUGCUAUAGACUAGUAGGUGGUUAGAAAAAGAUUUGUACUGAUGAGAGACAGCACUAACCCUACUAUAGCAGUCAAGCCUAAUUCAGCAGUCAAACCUUCUCACUGGGAAAAGAGUCCUGUGAUCAAAGCCUGCUGGUCAACACAUUUCCCCCCAUUUGUCAGAAAUGAAUGUGUCACGUUUUAGGUGCCAAACGUGAAUUGGGGUGGGGAGAGCAGAGCCUUCAAAUUUACGGUUAUUACAGAGAUUGUGGGAAUAAGAUGGUCUACUCCUGAAAACCAAUCUUGUAUCACCUCCUAAAGAAUCAUGGGCUUUUUUGAAUAAUAAUAAAAAAAAAUACACUUGUUCAAGAUUUUAGCCUUUUUAUC